AUGGAGGAGUCCCAUGACAUCGUCAUCGUAGGUGGUGGCAUCUGCGGCCUCGCCACCGCUCUUGCACUCCACCGUUUAUGUCUACUUUCACAAUAUCGUGGUGUAUGUCUCUACCUGCAAAUGGAAAGGGAUUGCGAGCCUUGUGUUGGAGAAGUGUCGGAGACUUUGAGAGUAGAUGGCGGCUCCAUCGGUGUCCAUGUCAAUGGAUGGCGUGUUCUGGAGCAACUCGGGAUUGCUGCAGAGCUCCGAGAGACUGCCAACCUUGUCACCGCGUAA